AGAUGGAGGGCUGGGGAAGAAAGAGCGAUGGCGGAUUCCUUAUGAACACGUCGGUUCUUGCCGCUUUCGUGGUUAGUGGGGCUGGACCCUAUCCAAUUUCUGGCCCGCCUUCCAAGCACUUCUAUCUGCCUCUCUUUCGUGUUAUAGCCAUAGAAGGUCAACAUCACUUGUUUUCAUAUCCACGUUUCGUCUAAGCAAGAUUUCUGUUACUACCUCAACAGUUGACUAUGAACAUUGCCUGCCCUCCCCUUCACGUCCAA